CGGCGGGAAACAUGAAGGCUCUGGUCGCACUGUCCGCUGUCUUGGCGCUAGGCGCUGCCCAGUACUCGCCGGUUGGGUACCCGUACUCCGGGUACAGCCCGGUGAGCUACUACGCCGCCGGCGCGUACAACCACUACGCCCCGACGGCGUACAGCGUGGCGCCAGCCGCUGCCGUCAGCUCGCAGUACCACGCUCAGGAUGAGCUGGGCCAGUUCAACUAUGGCUACGCCGGAGGCCCGUCUGCCAAGAACGAGUUCAGGAGGUUCGAUGGCGCCACCGUUGGCAGCUACAGCUACAUAGACGCCAACGGCAAGGUGCAGACCGUCUCCUACACGGCCGACGAUGUCGGCGGCUUCCAGGUGAAGGCGACCAACCUUCCUGUGGCCCCGGAGGCGAACCUGCAGGCGCCCGAGUUCAACCUGGAGGCGCCCGUGUUCGACGGCGUGGCUCCCGAGCCGGUGCAGGACACGGCCGAGGUGGCCGCCGCCAAGGCCGAGUUCCGCGAGAAGUACGCCGAGGCGGCGGCCACCUUCAAGACGGCAACUCUGGAUAAGGUGGAGGCCGACACCCCGGCCGACACCAGCCUGCUCAAGGUGACCGAGAAGGAGCACGAGACGUACGUGCCCAGCGUGGUUCCUUACGCCGCCCCCGCCGUCCACUACACGGCCCCCGUGGUCUCCUACGCUGUCCCCGAGGUGAAGAAGGUUGAGGUCAAGCAUGUGGCCUCUCCCAUCACGUACGCUGCCUCACCUCUUCCCCUGGCCUAUGGCCUGCACCCGUACGGCUACGGUGCCCCUCUCAUCUACAACGUGGAGGCCAAGGAGGAGAACGCCGCUGUCGAGGAGGCUGCCGAGGAGGAGCCGGCCGUCGCCACCUUCAAGACGGCCACUCUGGAUAAGGUGGAGGCCGACACCCCGGCCGACACCACCCUUCUCGAGGUCACCGAGAAGGAGCACGAGACGUACGUGCCCAGCGUGGUCUCUUACGCCGCCCACGCUGUCCACUACACCGCCCCAGUCGUUCGCUACGCCGUCCCGGAGGUGAAGAAGGUCGAGGUCAAGGCGGCCCCCAUCACCUACGCUGCCUCUCCCCUUCCCCUGACCUAUGGUCUCCACCCGUACAGCUUCGGCACUCCUCUGAUCUACAACGUGGAGGCCAAGGCAGCUGAAGUCGACGAGAAGGCUGAAUAA